GGUCUUUUCAUUUAACUUUGCCUCCACCACCUAGUCACUCAGGCUCACUUACCUUCAUCGAGCUUCAUCCCCAGUCUAGUGGUCGUUCUCGCCAGUCCUUUCGUCUUACACUGCUCCAGUACUAUUACAUCACGGAAGUGACGCCUAGCUACAGAAUAUGAACGGCGACAUUGAAGAACUAGUUCUCUCCGGGAAGUUGUUCAACCCUCCAUCUCGCUCCUCCUCUCCUGUACGAUCUCGUUCCACCUCUCCGACGCUAGCACGAUGGCCGGGAGGAGAGUCUGAUUACGACUAUGAUUCCGAUGCAGAACGUCGGAAGGCUGUUGAGACGACCAUCGCAACUGAUGCCCAACAGGACUCUAUCGGUGUGGGUGUCACAGGUCGUACUGGAGUGAAGGGUGUCAUACGUGAUAGCAAAGAGGCUGCCGCAAAUGCUCGCUCCAAGCGUAACGAGGAAAUCAAAGCACUUAACCGUGCCAUGGAGAAGACUAGUCUGGGUGGCAAGACUUGGGCUGAGGAAGAACGAGAACGGCUUGCGCAGAAGGCCUUCGAAGAAGGUAGACCUGAGAUGCUGGCGCAACCGUCGCGCAAAGGGAGGUUCGGCCAUCUUAGAGAAGUAGGCGUCCAAGGUUACGUUCAGGCUGUGGAGGGGGAGGAACUCAACACCUGGGUGGUUGUGCACAUAUAUGACCCAUCACUAGACCGAUGUGCGACUCUAGAUGAGACAUUAUCCAGACUUGCACGCCUCUAUCCUUCAGUCAAAUUCCUUCGUGCUCGCGCUGGUGCUCUAGGGUUUGCUUCAUCGAUACCUGCUACAAAUGGUCGUUCGAAACGAUUGUCUAGACAACCAUUUACACUCACUCGCACGCCAUCCCGCAAGAUUCUCGUGCCAGGACGAUUCCCCGACGACGAUGAGGACGAGGAUUCUAAUUCAGAAAGUGAAAGGGACGAGGGUUGGGAUGACGAUGCGGUUGAUACAGAUGUUCUGCCUACACUGUUAGUUUACCGUGGAGGUGAACUCGUGCAUUCAUGGGUGCGAGUGGAUUGGGAAGCUCAACUGGGCGUAGAAGAGCUAUUACGAAGGCAUCAUGUUCUUUCAGAGUCUGGUUUCGGUUCUACUAGUAAUGGUAACUGUGGACUCUCUUCUGACGAUGAGGAUGACUUCGAUGAUGGCGAGCUGGUUUUCGGCGGGAGUGAUGACGGUGUGUAGAUAUAUUGGACAUUGCUUACAAUGCAUUGGGAUGAUUCCAUACCGACUACAAGUCAUCUCGCACAUACAUACUGAUCUUCGGAAUCAAUUUCUUUUUCUUCAUUGCUCGUUGCUUGUUGUUUAUGCACAACAGAGACAAGAUAGGCCUAUCCCGGCGUGAGGAGUGAUUCGGUUCUUGGACAGCGUGAAUCCGUCAAUUUAUUGAGAGACGGAUGAACAAUUAGAAAAGAGGUCGCUCGAGUAAUGAGCAGUGUAACCCUCAUUUCAGUUCAUUGCAAAAAUUAGGUCCUUCGGCCAACAUAUGUACGUCCCGAGUCUCAGCCGUCAGCUCGAAAGGAUGAUGAAUAUGGAAAGAUCACGAGCAGGGUUUAGUGUGGUAGAGACGGUAAAAGGAGGGUUCCUGAGCUUGAUAGCAAAAAAAGAAAAAAAAAACAUCGACAGACUCGUUAUCGAAGUUCUGGUCAGUAAUAAAGUGACAAUAAUCAG